CGUACGACUCAAAGAGCAUUGCAUUACGAUCACACGAAAAUGUUGUGUGUCACUCUAACCUCUAGCUUGAUUCUAGCAGUUUUAGUUGCUCUUACAAUUCAAGUCUUCUACUUCUCACCCAUAGACCCAAUUUUGCUUGAAGUACCACAAUAUGUAUAUUCCACUCCUUCAACCAAAAACAACCAAUUACAGAAUGUGAUUAAACUUGGAGAAGGAUUUUUGAAGCAACCAGAAGAUGUUUGUGUGGAUAAAGAAGGUACCAUCUAUACAUCAACUAGAGAUGGUUGGAUUAAAAGAUUGCCAAGGAAUGGAAAUUGGGAGAAUUGGAAGUAUAUAGAUAGCUCUACUUUGCUUGGAAUCACUACAUCAAAAGAUGGUGGUCUUAUUGUGUGUGAUACUUCCAAGGGUUUGUACAAGGUUACAGAAGAUGGUUUCAGUCUUAUUCUUUCACAAGUGAAUGGUUUUCCAUUAAGUUUUGCGGAUGAUGUAAUAGAAGCAUCAGAUGGAAGUAUAUAUUUCAGUGUUGCUAGUACCAAAUUUGGUUUACACAAUUGGCAUUUGGAUGUACUUGAGGCAAGACCUCAUGGACAACUUAUCAAGUACAAUCCCACGUUAAAUGAGACAACUAUUGUUCUUGAUGAUUUGGCCUUUGCCAAUGGUGUUGCACUAUCCAAAGAAGAAGAUUAUAUUGUGGUUUGUGAAACUUGGAAGUUUAGGUGUUUGAGGCAUUGGCUAAAAGGAGUUAACAAAGGCAAAACAGAUAUUUACAUUGAAAAUCUCCCUGCUGGACCUGACAAUAUUAAUCUUGCUCCUGAUGGCUCAUUCUGGAUCUCUUUGGUUCAAUUCACUUCUGAAAAGAUGAGGUUUGUGCACACGUCUAAGGUAUCCAAGCACUUAUUAGCUUCAUCUCCAAAGCUAUUUAAUAUGAUCAAUAGAGCAUGGAAGUCUGCGACGGUGGUGAAUGUGGGAACUGAUGGCAAGAUUAUCAGAAAGUUUGGUGAUAGUGAAGGGAAGGUUAUCAAUUUUGUAACUUCAGCUGUGGAAUUUGAGGACCAUCUUUACCUAGGUAGUCUUACAUCUGACUUUGUUGGAAAAUUUCCACUGCCAAGUGCAAACUAGUGAAGUUCAGCUCUUAUUGAAUAAGGUGUGUGUAACAUCUUAUGUGUUUUGAUAUCUAUGGUUUAGACCAACACACAUUUAGGAGAAUAUUAUCCAUAUUAUGUAAAUUUGUGUCUUUGAUAUGAACAAUAAUAAAGUCAAAAUUAGGAUGACUCUAUAGUAUUUCUCAAAUUACCAAGAACAAUGAGAUGAAUUAAACAGUUAAAUUUCUCAUGCAAUA